AUGGAGAACGCUUCCUUCAGCUACGAGUACGGGGAUUACAGCGACAUCCCAGAUCUCCCUGUGGACUGCUCAGAUGGCGCCUGCCUCUCCAUCGACCCCCUCCGUGUGGCCCCACUCCUGCUGUAUGCAGCUGUCUUCCUGGUGGGGGUGCCAGGCAACACCAUGGUGGCCUGGGUGACUGGGAAGGAGGCCCACCAGAGGGUGGGUGCCAUCUGGUUCCUCCACCUGGCUGUGGCGGAUUUGCUCUGCUGUUUGUCCCUCCCCAUCCUGGCUGUGCCCAUUGCCUGUGGGGGACACUGGCCCUACGGAGCAGUAGGUUGUCGGGUGCUGCCCUCGGCCAUCCUGCUGUCCAUGUACACUGGCGUCCUGCUCCUGGCUGCUUUCAGCGCUGACCUUUGCCUGCUGGCCCUCAGUCCGACUUGGUGGGCUUCAGCUGGGCGGGCACGUAGAGUGCAGGUGGCCUGUGGGGCAGCUUGGGCUUUGGCCCUGCUGCUGACCAUGCCCUCUGCCAUCUACCGCCGGCUGCACCAGGAGCACUUCCCAUCCCAGCUGGAGUGUGUGGUGGACUAUGGAGGCUCGGCCAGGGCUGAGAACACAGUGACUGCCACUCGGUUUAUUUUUGGCUUCCUGGGACCACUGGUGGUUGUGGCCAGCUGCCAUGGUGUCCUCCUGUGCCGAGCGACCCGCCGCCACUGGCCACUGGGCACGGCCAUCAUAGUGGCUUUUUUUGUCUGCUGGGCCCCCUAUCACAUGCUGAGACUGGUACUGUCUGCAGCUGCCCCCAACUCUGUGCUCCUGUCCAGGGCCCUGAGGGCUGAACCCCUGGUUGUGGGCCUUGCCCUUGCUCACAGCUGCCUCAAUCCCAUGCUCUUCAUGUAUUUUGGGCGGGCUCAACUUCGCAGGUCACUGCCAGCUGCGUGUCACUGGGCCCUGAGGGAGUCCCAGAGCAAAGAUGAAAGCGUGGUCAGCAAGAAAUCCACCAGCCAUGACCUGGUCUCAGAGAAUGAGGUAUAG